AUGGCCAUAAAAGAUCUGCCCCGCUUAUGUGCCCAGCAGUACAGUUUUCAGCCUGAGCGGUGGAGCUGCACUGGCUGUGGAAUCCUCUGCUGCUCACGCCGUGGGGCCUGCCUCUCUGCCUUCCUGCUGUUGCUGCUGGCCAUGCUUGCUGCCCUGCUUGCCCUGGCCAUCAUCCUCGGAUAUCCAUCUCGCACACCAGAGGCCCAGGUCUGUGUGAUGUCAACCAACAGGACAGGCUUCUUGUGUCAUGACCGCAGGAGCUGCAUCCCGGCUCAUGGGGUAUGUGAUGGCGUUCCCACGUGUCCCCAUGGUGAGGACGAGGAUGAAAGCCUGUGCCGAGAUGUGCCCUGGAGCCUCCCCAGCUACCUCCUGGCCUACUGCGGAGACCCAGACUCCUGGAUCUACUCAGACCAGAAGUGUGAUGGCACCAACAACUGUGGAGACUGCUCGGAUGAGCUGAGCCCAGUAACUGCAUGCCCACCAUGUGGCUUUGGGUGGUGGCGAUGUACUCCGACUGUCUUCAAGUACUGCAACUGUAUCCCGAGAAGUCUGUGUCGGGACCAUGUGCAACACUGCUCCGACUGGUCAGAUGAGUACUCCUGUCCUGGACCCUGA